CUUUCUACCUUUCUUACUUACCAUUACCACCUACUAUAUAUAAAUCCCAUCUACCUACCACAUACAUAGGUACAUACAACAAAACACACCUAUAUUUAUUACUGUGUAGGUGCAUCUCCCCCCACCAAAAAAAAGAGGAAAAAAAAAAAAAAAAAAAAAAAAGGCACCGAACGCAUUUAUUUAUACGACUUUCGAUAUUUCCAAACGGCCUUUAUCCCCGUUGUCUCGUCUCGUGCUUAAAAACCGCUGCCACUUACCCAUCACAUCACCACUUUCCUAUGGCCCAAGUCGAAUCGAUUACGUGCAACUCGAUAAUAUAUAGGAAAUCAAAUUGGGGGGUUGGGCAGAGGUACCGUCUGCGGGAAGGCCCCUUGAAUGGCCAACCCAAGGCUUAGGAACCCCUCCUCCAGCACAAAUGCUACCGAUCCCACCGAUUCCUCCGAUAUACCUCCCGCUCCAGUCGUAGCUGUUUCCCUUCUGCAGCCUCGCGUCGCCGUCGCUCUCGGCGUACCUAAGCGUUGGCAUCAUACUCUCUCCGCCUGUCGUCUACUCUCUAUCGCCCCUCCUAUACUCUGGGGCCUUCGCUACGCCUUGCGUUUCCUGCUUGCCGAUCUGUUACGCCUGUCCGAGCAAGAUCAUGGCCAUAAUGUUAGUCUUUCCUCCUUGAGGUUGACCGAGACGGCAUUGGCUGUUAUAUGGUGCUACGCCUCUGCAUAUCUUGCCUUCUUUUUUACCGACUGUCUCAUGUCACGCUGGCUUAUCAACUACACGCCUCAAGCGACAGUUGUGCGCCUCUUCACCAUUAGCUGCGCCUUCGCCUAUCUGACGUCGUGGAUCGUAUACCUAGUUGGUGGUUCUCAAGACCCUGGUCUGCUGCUGCCAGCCUGGAUCGGGAUAGCCACCAUCUUAACCCUCUGCUACCACUUCACCCAGCGCAAGAUUAAGAUACGGAAAGAAACAUUUGCCAGUAUCAGCGUCUUUUCUAUAGCAAGCUUUAUUAGCAUGGUUGUCUUGCUAUUACAUUCCCAUUCGACCAGAGCUGGAUAUCAGAACGUCCCGAUAGUUGCUAUAACUAAGCGAGCGUGUCAAAUCGGAGCAUACAUAAUUUUCCGCAUUGUAGGUCUCACUGGGGACUUGGACGGUUUAUGAUAUUGGACAUCAACUUUCUAUUGUUUCGUUGACGUUGUUGUAGCUUAGUGCCGUCGAGAGACGUUAACUAAGCUACACUUCUAUCGGCCUAUCAGGACGCAUAAACGUGUCUAGCCUAGUUGCCGACUUUAGCAAUAAGAUGCUCCAA